CCAUGGCCGAUCUGUUAGCGUCCAUCGCGUCCUCGUCCUCGCCGCCUCCCGCGCCGACCUCUGUGCAUGCGGACAAGCUGGGUCUAACUGCUUCCCAAGUCAGCCACUUCCUCUCCGAAGCGACGGCGUAUGCCGCUGGACAUGGCAUGCUGGUGCAAGCCCCAGAGCAGCGCUAUGCGCACCUGCCGUACUGCCUCCUCCCCGUGCCCUUUCCGCGCCAACAAUUUGAACUGGUACGUCUUCUCUAUCUUCAUCGUCUUGGUUCACUAUCUCAAGUUCUUGUGGACUCGCAGGGAAUCGUCCUGUCCCCUAUUUUUGCGUUGCUCGUCGAUCGUGUGGCCGCCGACCCGGACUGGCUACACGAGCAGCUUCAGAAUGUCUUGGCGGAAGACGCCUUUACUCGCCGUCUCGUCGAGCUGUCCAAGGCCGUGCAGAAGGAAGGGUACAAAGCCAUCUCUGUCUGCACAUCGUCACGAGUGUUGUGGUAGUGUCGUUCAAACUGCCGCGCUGGGGAUCCACCGGUCCGACUACAUGCUCCACGACGACCCGUCGAAUGCAACAUCCCCGCAGAUCCUCCAAGUCGAGCUCAACACGAUCGCCGCGUCCUUUGCAUGCAUGAGCUCGCUCGCGUCCGACCUCCAUCGAUUUCUCCUCGAACGUUACGAAGCUCAAAUCCCGUCCGCAUACUACGGCAACGUGGGGGACCUGGCGACCCAUUUGCCUCGAAACCCCGCCCUCCACGCGCUACCCGCCGCUUUGGCCCGCGCCCAUUCCCAUUACGGCCGUCCAUCGGCUGUGAUUGUGUUUGUGGUGCAGCCGAACGAGUCCAACUCGGUGGACCAGCGGUGGCUCGAGUACACGCUAUGGACGGCGCACAAGGUGAAGGUCUUUCGUCGGUCGCUCCACCAAUUGGCCACCGCAGAAGUGCGGGGCGCAACUCGUGAGCUGUGGGUCGAUGGUGUCGAGGUGGCCGUCGCGUACUUCCGUGCCGGGUAUACUCCAACCGACUACCCCAGUGAAACCGAGUGGAUUGGGCGCACCCUUGUCGAACGGUCCUUGGCCAUCAAGUGCCCUAACAUUGCGUACCACUUGGCUGGGACCAAGAAAGUGCAGCAAGUGCUGGCGACGCCGUCGGAAUUGCGCCGGUUUUUGACUGAAGAUCAAAGUGUCUUGGUUGAAAAGUCGUUUACGGGUCUCUUCGGACUCGAACAAGCGUCGCCCGACCUGCCGCGAAUCAAAGCGCUGGUUGCGGCCAAUCCGACGGGGUAUGUAUUGAAACCUCAACGCGAAGGCGGGGGAAACAACUUGUACGGGGAGGAAGUGGUCGAGGCGUUGGCGACGUUGACCCCGGCAGAGUUGGAAUCGUUUAUCUUGAUGGAGCGUAUUCUUCCCCAGGAACAGCCAGCGGUGCUGGUGCGCAAUGGCGCCCCUGUGAGCGGCGAUACCAUCAGUGAACUGGGCAUGUUUAGCGUGGCCUUGUUCGACAAUGGCAAGGCGAUUCUGAACGAACAUGCCGGCCAUUUGCUGCGCACCAAGCUGUCCACGACCAACGAAGGCGGCGUCGCGGCUGGGUUUGCAGUCCUUAGUAGCCCCUUCCUCGUGUAAUGGGUCGAAUAGUAUUACUACUAGUACUCUUUAGUAAAUACUGUGAAACUAUCAUCCACCCAUUCCGGC